AUGGCAUGCCUUCGCGACAGCUUCCACGAUGGCGUUAUCAUCGGCGGUCGUUAUCAGACCAUCUCUCCGCUCAACCACGGGUCUUUCGGCAUGGUCUUCAAGGCCAAAGACCUCAAGACUGACCAGAUCGUCGCUGUAAAGUGUCUGACCAAGAAGAGCGCCGUCAACGAUCCCAAUGCAGAGUACGCUGUUGACGAUCAGUCAGAGGAGCUCGUCCUCCACAGCAGACUAGGCUCCCACCCCAACAUCGUCAAUCUGCUGGACUCGUUCGAGACCGAUGCCCACAUCUACCUCGUACUCGAGUACUGCGCUCGCGGUGACCUGUAUGAGGCGAUCCGGAACGACUACGGCCCACUGGAGACGGAGCAUGUCAGGCGCUUUAUGCUGGAGCUGGUGGACGCUGUCGAGUACAUGCACUCCAAGGGCGUCUACCACCGGGAUAUCAAGCCUGAGAACAUCUUCCUGACCCAGACCGGGUCAAUGAAGCUGGGUGACUUCGGGCUUGCGACAACCGACAAGUGGUCAUAUGAGUCUAUGGUGGGGAGUGACAGGUACAUGUCCCCGGAGCAGUAUGACUCAGCCGGCGCUGGAUAUUCGCCCGCUCAGGCCGACAUCUGGGCCAUUGGCAUCUGCCUUCUCAAUAUCCUCUUCUCGCGCAAUCCUUUCACCACCCCAACGGAGCAGGAUCCGCUCUUUCUGGAUUUCUCGCGUGACAAGCAGUCCCUGUUCGACGUGUUCCCUUCCAUGUCACAGGACACCUUCGAGGUCAUCGUGCAGUGCAUGAACCUGGAUCCAAGCAAGCGAUCACUUGCCGGAGUCCGCGAGGCCCUGCUCCGUGUUGUCAGCUUCACUACCCUUGAUGAAGCUCUCGACGACUUCUGCACGGCUGAUCGCCCGGUUGUCGCGACCUCCAAUCGCGAGCCCCUUCGCACCCCGUCUAUCCAGAGCCCCCAGGUUGAUAAUGGCGCCUUCCCCUGGACAAAGGCCCUGCAGACAACACCUCCGAAGCCCAUUCGCCAGCUCGACAACGUUCCGGACGACAUGUACGAGGAAGAUCUUUUCUCGCAGUCCGGCAAGACCACUACCGACUGGAUGUCGGCCACAACUCAUACACCGAUGUCGUCGUACAUGGAGUCGAACCUUGGUGUGUCCUUCACUGGUACCCCUCUGAGCUUCGAGCCAAAGCUGCCGGCGAAGGCCGCUGCCAAGGUCGCUCCAGUGGCUGCCUCCCUCCCCAUCGACAUGUCCAAGAACCGCGAACCAGCCAUUUCCUGGGUCUUCGGACGCAAGGAUGCUGUUUCCAAGAGCUGGAGCGACUUGUGGGAUGAGGAGUUUGAAGAGGAGGAGGAACGCAAGCAGCAAUUACAGAUCCUAAAAGAAGAGAUGAACUCGAGGACCUGGAGUCACGAGAGUACAGCUUCUCCGUCCCCAUCCGUGGAAAACGACGACACCCCUCGCCAGGGCAUGUCGCCGGUCACUAAGACGGCCAGCUUGGUCAAGGACGAGAACAAGGCCGCUUCGGCGGACGCCUACAACAACAGUGUUGGCGAAGAUCCCGACACAGACGGCCUGUUCUUCUAUGAGGCUCCUCCGGCCCCCAAGGAGGAACCCCAAAAGCUUACUCAGCCUCAGCCGGUCCCGGAGCCUCAACCAAUCCCGACCCGGCACCAUGUACCGCCGUCGAAGCGAAGUGACAUCGACAAGUGGGCGCUUUUGGGCGAACGCCGGCGCGCCUAUGCCGCUGGCAGCUCUUCUGUCAAGGUCCCCGACGUCCCUCUCCGAACUGGGCGCCAAGUUGGGACAGGUUUCCCAGCUAGUUCCCCGCCUAAGGGACACGGUGUGUUUGACGUGUAUAAUGAAUCUUCUCAUCACGACUCCUUUUACGUUUCUGGUGGCAAAUCUCCUCAAAAUCAGCAUCAUUUUUAUCAUCAUCAUGGUUCUCAGCACCACCAUCAAGGGCAGGGUAGGCGCAGCAACCGCGGUGGCGACCGUCCCAAGGAGUGCCCUUGGACGAAGGGCCGCAACGCUGCUACCCACACCUCCUCUCCCAACAAUCGAGACUGGAUUUGGAAGUUUGACUGGCGCAGCAAGGAGAAACGGAAUCCCCUUGGGUGCCUCGAGUGGGUUGGUAACUGGCCGACGGCCCGCUCCUAA